AUGGCUUGGAACACCAUGCUCAAGGCUCAUGCCAUCGCUGGUGAUAUGGAUGGGGCUGCCACACACUUUGCCGAGAUGCAACUUCAGCGAGUACCUGUGAACACCCGGACCUUUGGCAAGUUGAUCAGGUGUGCCGCAGAGGCAGGGCAACCAGAGCAAGCUGUGCGGUUCUUGCGGGAGCACCAGCAGCAUGGACUUGCUUCUGACCUGGUCAGCCAAACUUCCGUGGUGGACGCCUUUGCCAAGGCUGGGUGUCCAGAAGAGGCUGAGACCUGGCUUGAGGCCUUGGAAGGCUUGGGAGAGGAUGAGGUGGCUCUUGGCCUGCUCGCCGCGGGCUACGCGCGCUUGGGGAAGGGUUUCGAGACUCGGAGGUGUUUGGAAAGGCUGCUAGCUGCAGGUGCCAAGCCCACCAGCGAGACUUGGGGCCUACAAGCUUCUGCCUGGGCACGGCAGGGGGAGACCGCCCGGGCAGCUCACUGGCUUCAAGAGAUGGUGGAGAUGAAGUUGCAGCCCUCCAGCAGCACCUUGGCGGUUCUGCUGAGCGCGUGUGCAAAGAGCCAAGACUCCCAGAGUGCUGCCCGGAUUCAAAGCUUAUGUCCACAAGGAGCUGAGAUGGCUGACGGCAACGAUGGUGACCGCGCCCACCCAGGCCAUGUCUACAAUGCUGCACUGCAGUCUGCCUCACACAGCGGUGAGGCCGAAGUGAAGCUCAAGGAGAUGUCGGAUGCGAAGCUAAAGCCGAACUUGCUCACCUACAACUCACUGAUCGACGGUGCGGCCGCCCGGGGCCAAGUGGAGGAGGCCGAGCUCUGGUUGCAGCGGCUGCGGGAAGCUGGCUUCAUGCCGAAUGCCAUCACUUACACCUCCCUCAUCAAGUCGAGGGCCAAGUUUGGGGACCUCCCUGGGGCAGUGCGCUGGCUGAGCGAGAUGGUGAGCACCCAGACGACGCCCGACGUCAUGGCCUACACUGCGAUCAUCCACUGCAGCGCCAAGAAGGGCAACGUGGAGGAAGCGACGAGGUGGUUUCAGCGGAUGUCCUUGAACGACCUCAAGGGCGACGCGGUGACCUUCACGGCGCUGAUCAAUGCCUGCGCCAAGCGAAGCGACGCCCCGGGCGCCCUCGGGUGGCUGCGGCGCCUCGUGGACGAGCAGCUCCAACCCAACGUGGUCGCCUUCUCCGCUGCGCUCAAGGCCUGCGCACGAAGUGCAAAAUCCGAUGAGGCAUCAAGCCUUUGGCAGGCCAUGGAGUCGCAGUUGGUUGCGCCGAACAUCAUCGCAGUGACCUCGGCCAUCGAGGUCUGUGCCAAGAGCCGACCUAGGCGCACCGUGGAGGCGGAGGAGCUCUUCCGGCGUUGGAUGAGGAACUCUUCGGCGCGGCCCGACACCAAGCUGAUGCGCACCAUGAUGCGUGCCGUGGGCAUGACGAAGUGCAUGGAGCUUUGCCGGGAAUUUGGAGUCGUGGAUGCUGCGCUGGAAGCUCUGGCGGCCUCCUUUCCAAAAGCGGACGAAGAAAGGGGGCCGGACGCGGAUGGGCCAGGCGUCAGACAUCUGAGUGGUCAGACAUCGCUACCGCGGUACCUCGCUGACGUAGAAACGCCGCCUUUGGGGGCACGACCGUUCCUUCAGGAGUUUCAUUGGGGUGGAGUGUGUCAGCGGCGCGAGUCGUAUUGCACAAAUCGAGAAGAGAGAUGA